GGGGGAGCAAAGGAGGGAUUCGGAAGGUUGAUGGAGCAGGCCAGAAUGCGAGGCAGCAAACAGUGCAUAUGCGCGGGCGCACAGACAACCACAGCUAAGCCCCCAGCUAACGUUGCAACGGCGGCUUCAACCCAACCAGGUCUAGUUCAUGUCAUUGGGUUCCGGUCUUCGGGGAGUAGCGUUAGCAAGAGAGCAGUGCAGAAAUUAGGUGUUGCGACUUGUGAGUGGUAGUGGAGGGAAUCGUCC